CCAGCCACAGAGCUCGUUACCUCCAUCACCUACGAGCCCAUGGAGAGACGCCCGCGGACGGCCAAUGACGACAACGAAGAUCACAGCGGAAGUGAUGACACUGAUGGCGGCGACUCUGACAGUUCUUGUGGUGGGUCACUGCUAUAUGCGUUAAGAUUUCAUAUGCAUAUGUUGUUGUUGUUUUUUUGCCUUAGAAUAAUCAUUUUUUCAGACAAGGGCAAUACUUUGAAGCGUCUGACUAAUGAUAUUGUACUUUAACAUCCUAAUUCAUGACUUUAUUGAUCCUUGGUGGAUUUGUUAAUACAUUAAUUUUUAUAGACAUCUAUUUAUUUAUAAGGAUUAAUUUUUUUAAAAUCUAAAAUCGAUAGAAAAAAGCAAACUUUUAGUAAAACUAUCUUUAGAUGAAAUCCGUAAAUCCUUAAUUUUAAAAACGAAAAAAAAAUUUAAAAAGUAAAGGCAUAAAAUCAACAAAGAAACAAAACUGUCGUAAAAGUCGACAAAUCAAUCCUAUCAAGUCCUAUCUUACGCAGCACACUACAUUCAUAGCACACUACCUUACACAGCAUACUAUCAUACACAGCACACUACCUUACACAGCAUACUACCUUACACAGCACACUACCUUACACAGCACACUACCUUACACAGCACACUACCUUACACAGCAUACUAUCAUACACAGCACACUACCUUACACAGUAUACUACCUUACACAGCACACUACCUUACACAGCACACUAUCUUACACAGCACACUAUCUUACACAUCACACUAUCUUACACAGUACACUAUCUUACACAGCACACUAUCUUACACAGCACACUAUCUUACACAGCACACUACCUUACACAGCACACUACCUUACACAGCACACUUCUUAUCCAGCACACUUCUUAUCCAGCACAAUAUCUUAUCCAGCACACUAUCUUAUCCAGCACACUAUCUUAUCCAGCACACUAUCUUAUCCAGCACACUAUCUUAUCCAGCACACUAUCUUAUCCAGCACACUAUCUUACACAGCACUGCCGAAGAUAAUAGAAGGGUUCAAGUCAGUUUUUCGAAAUUUCCAUGUUAUCUCCCAUGUGACUACAUUCCAUUCAAUAGAAUAAUAUGGCACAUAGGCCCAACUGAAAAAGCAGCGUUCUCAAUAAAUGAAUACAUAGACAUCUUGACAUUUUCAUGAGGAAUUUUCAAACUUUAUAUUCAGUUUUUCUCAAAACUCUCAAAACCUGACAUCACUGGUUUUCCCCCUUUGAAUGUUAUAAUGUGUGAUUUUGUCUCUAUUUUCAGAUGAGUUUGAAACACGUGACCAACAGAGCAGGAGGAGAAGGCAGUCCGAAGAAUCGGGAGAGGAGGAGGACACCAGUUUACUCUAAUACCCAACCCCCCUAAGGGGUCAUGGGUCACAUGUGCAUGCAGACAAAACAAAAUGUAUCGUAUGUAGGAUUGGCGCAGAUUUCACAGCUGUGAAUCAAUAACCUGAAAUUUGCCAAGCUCACAUGUAUUCUCAACUGAGAAGUAGUCACAGAUGUGAGUUUGAAUUAUAAAAAAAAAUGCUACUAUAACUAAAGUAUGUAUCCUGGGCUCCUAAUGUAUUAUAUAGAUGGGAACAGCGAUCACGCCGUGUAAAGUAAAUAAAGAAUGGAACAAGAUAUCAUUGUUUGGGGCCUGACAACAACGACAGGACAAGGCCAAGCGCACAUUGUUCCACUAUUUAUUUCCUGAUGCUUAGGAAUCAAGAAUUGAGCCUAACAUAAAUUGUGACGCAGGUGUGUGUACAUGGAGCAGUGAUGGAGCUGAGAAAUUCACGUCAUCUUCCAAUGUUUACUGGUGUAGGCAAGUUAUGUAAUCACCCGACGCUUACUGAUGUAAUGGAGUUCAUUUGAUGAACUGAUGUUUGAUGGUACAAUGAUUAAUUCAUUUUCUGGUUAAAGAUGUCAGGUGUUGGUGUAAUCAUUCAAUGUCCAUUAUUAUCGUAUGAUGCUUUUAUCACCAUCCUAAGUAUUCUGAUGUAAUUAAUCUCUAUAAUCACGCUAUGUUCGUUGAUCUAAUCUAUUUUAAAGUACGACUUACGUGGUUCAAUCAUACGAAGCACUUGAAGUAUUUCGUCAGCUGUAAAUGAGGGUUGUAGAAAAACUGGAAUUCCCCAUUAACCAUCUCAAUUGUAAUCUGUUUCAGGUUUCACUGAGAGCAGUAAGUGCGCGAAAGACAGCCUUAAAAAAAAUAAUAUGGUGUUUUCUAUAUGUACAGAACACAUGUAGUUGGAAUGAGAAACAAUACUAAUUGCAGAACAAUUUCUUCACUAAAAGAUUCAUAUGCACACAUAUCCCUUAGUACGGCUCCCUACGGAAUUGCCUCUUAAAUUUGGCUCCCAAUUUUUAUGGUCAGCAGACGGAUCGAGGAUCCGACAUAUUUUGAAUGAUGAAAGUUAUUUUUGUAUAAAAGAAACAUAUUGAUAACACAAUUUUAGCUCUUUAUCAUUAGAGAACAACGAUUGAAGCGGUUACAUGUGAUUGACCAAAAUAUGUAAGCAAAUUACAUUCCAAAAAAUUUUGUUUAGAAAAUGAUUGAUUGUUUUCACAGAAGUCUUGUUAUGAAAUAUAUUUGAAAGACAAACUUCUACCUCUUACAUACACUGAAGCUAUUCUGUAUAAGAAAAUAUGUAAAUACCAUUUGUAGAGAUAACAUAUAAAAAAGAAAGAAUCUAAGGGACUGAGGAAUGAUUGAUAGAAAGUAGGGGCUAUGAAACAUUGAGUGAAUGAUUAAUUGAAAGUAGGGGCUGUGACAACACAGAGUAAAUGAUAGAUAGAAAGUAGGGGCUGUGACAACACAGAGUAAAUGAGAGAUAGAAAGU